GUACCAACCCAACGCCAAUAUUGAAACAUUUGUGCUAGGAUCCCUGGUCAUACCGCCUUACUGAAUUUAAAACAGUGACAACCAGGACCAAGGAGUUGUCACAGGUUGGUUGCUAAUGUUCUACAUAAUAAUUUUGCCAUAACUUUAGUGGAUAUUAUCAAGGAAUUUGUUGGACAGCAUCUCGGAAGCAAAAGUCACGGGCAUGGGGCAGUUAGGGGGCUACAAAAGCCUUCUAGCUUUUUGUAUAGGAUUUAUAAUCCUAGAAUGUACGUGUUCACAAAGAAUCUUACCGGAUUGGCCUAAGAUCGGCGACAGGAUCACACAACCCUUCCUCGAUCAAUUAAUGGUCAGCCAGCUUCUCGAGCAAAAUCUAACCUUGGGGUUCUUCCUUAAAGGCCUUAAUGGUCCUCCUGGUCCCCCAGGUGCUCCCGGACCUCCAGGAGAACCCGGUCCAGCAGGUAUUGCCGGUCCACCUGGUCCUCCAGGACAUGUAGGAGAAGAUGGUGCCCCAGGUGCUCCCGGUGCUCCAGGACCUCCAGGUUCUCCUGGUGCUCCUGGUCUUCCUGGUGAAAAGGGAGAUCCUGGUGAGAUGGGUGCCCCUGGUGCUGCCGGUCUACCCGGUGCUCCUGGUCUACCCGGUCCUCCAGGUCCAAUGGGUCCUCGUGGUCCAGAACCUAUUAUGCCGAACUUCACAGUUAUCUGCGAAGGUGAAAAAGGAUGGUUGCAGUGCAAACAAUACGAGCUUAUCAAGAUUACGAAAUCUUUCUGGGGUCGUGAUGAUCACGUGACAUGUCCCAAAGUCCCGGCUGGCCUUGCAAUCGACAGACUCUGCGAAACAAGUAGCGACAACACUWUACAAAAGAUCAACGGCCAAUGUAAGAACGAACAAGCUUGCGAAGUGGUUGCCUCCAAUAUCUUCUUCGACGACAAUACGUGUGGCAACGUCUACAAGUAUUUAAAGGUUUGGUACGAGUGUAUUCCGGACGAAGCGAACGCAGUUGACGUAUUGAAGGAAGGUGGAAAGCGACGACGAAGGAAGAGAAAGCGUGCGACAAAGGACAAACGAUCCGCAAAGGAAUAAGAAUAAAGACUUUAGUUCAACUGAUGAAUUCUAGUCGAUUUAAGACGCACUCUCAGUUUUUGGGUUUGCAAUUUACAAUUCCAUCAGUAGCGCUUACUUGUUGAGCACCUUAAAGUGUACUGCAUUCACGGACUGCGUGAAGCUGAAUUUACACUUUGUCAAUAUGUAUGUAUAUUGGAAUUUUCACUUUAAUUUGAUACGAAUGUAUUGAUCAAUACUCUAAGUAUUUAGUAAAAAACCCCAGGUCAUAGGGGAAACCUGAUUUAGCCGCGUUUUCUGAUAGCGAGUGUGUGCGAUAGGAAUUAUCACAAAUCAUGAUUAGUUUUCUUAAACACUAUAAAAUACUAACGGGAGGAGCAGACGAUAACAUGUAUAGACAAUUCUUACCAAUGUAUUUUGGAGUGUCGGUGAGUUUGUGCUGAAAUAAAAAUAACGUUAAUUAAGUUACAUAUACACUUGUCUCUUUGUUAGGAGGGAACGAGAAUGUGAAUGCGCGCUGGCUUCCGAGCCGGAUCAGUGUAGCUCUAGGUGUAAGGGUAAAUGGGUGCGUUGGUAUAUCAAUACGUUUUUAAGUUUCACCUGUAAUAACGCUUGUAAUAAGACCGAGAAAAAUAACUUUAGUAAACUUAAAACUUCAUCUCGAA